AUGACAAGACUAGGGCACCCGAAAGGAAAAGCCCCUCCAGAGUUGGACAAGGACUUACUUCAGACGGCAGUUUCUUCUAACCUGACCAUUCAUCUUGUAACAGAAUUCAUCAUCUUUGGCUUCCCUAGUCUUCAGAACUAUCAUAUCUUGCUCUUCUGUGUGUUUCUCUUUAUUUACCUGUUCACCAUAACUGGAAAUGGAAGUAUCUUUUUCUUGGUUAUACUUGACCAACGGCUACAUACUCCAAUGUAUUUCUUCGUCAGUAAUUUGUCUUUCCUUGACUUGAGCUACACCUCGGUAACCAUUCCGAAGAUGUUGGCCAAGUUUUCAAUGCACCUUAACACCAUCUCUUAUGCAGCUUGCUUUACUCAGAUGUAUGUUUUCUUGUCUUUAGCAGCAACAGAAUGUUUACUUCUGACUGUCAUGGCUUACGACCGAUAUGUUGCUAUAUGUUCUCCUCUACAUUACCAGACCAUUAUGACCAGGAGACGGUAUCUACUAUUGACGGCUAUGGCAUGGUCUGGAGGAUUUCUUAUUCCUGUCACAGUCUUAAUCUUAGCCUUGAACUUACCAUUUUGUGGUCCUAAUAUUAUCCAUCAUUACUACUGUGACCAUCCACCAUUGUUGCAGUUGGCCUGCACCAACACUUCCUUUAAUGUAGCUGUUGGCUCCUCCAUCGGGGCUUUUGUUCUCCUAAUAACAUUUACUCUAGUGGUCGUUUCCUACAUAAAAAUCAUAUUAACAAUUCUCAAAAUUGACUCCAAAAAUGGACGCAAGAAAACAUUUUCCACAUGCGCCUCACACUUUGUGGUAGUCAAUAUAUUCUUCUUGCCGCUUAUCUUCAUGUAUGUCCGGCCAAAGGCUUCCUACUCUUCAGAUGUGGACUCUCUGGUGGCCAUGCUAUACACAGUAUUAACACCUUUGAUGAAUCCGGUUAUAUACAGCUUCAGGAACAGAGACAUUAAAGAAGCUUUCAGGAAGAAGGUCCACCUUUAA